UUCUGGCUGAUGGAGGAGCUCCGUCUCGGUUAACUUCCGGGUGAUGUUUACCGCAGAACUGCUGGAUGUGCCUCCACCACCACCGCCACCCAUCAGUCAGAGUCAAUCAAUCAGACACAUUAUCAAUCACCUCGGACCUGCUGGGCUUACAUCACCGCGCGGACAUCAAAGUUAACCCGCGAGCCAACGACCAUUGAUGACGUUUUCUGCGCUCCAGCUUCCGACGACGAGGUUAGCCGGCUAACUUUAGCCUCCGAAAUGACGACGCUGAUAAUUAUUGCGAUUAAUUCGUGUUUCGUAUGCAAGAAGAUGUGAAUUCAGACGCUGGCGGUUCUUCAUCCCAUCCUGUCUAACAUCCGUCUCAGGGGCUUCACUCAGUCAAUAAUUGUAGCUUUGUCGGUCUGCACAGCCACCCCUGUGGACCAGGUCAGUGCUUUUCACCAGAGAGCACAAGCAGCCAAUGCCAAUGGUAAACACAACACAGGGAUCUUAGAGCCUCAAACUCAGUACAGCCGCUGCGCUGCCUUCCAGUAUCGCGACAACAAGUAUUCUGAGGAAGGGGGAGUUUCCCGACACGGAGCGUCGAAGCUCGCGAUGCCCGGAUCCUCGCCGGCCAGCAGCAAGGCUCGGGUGUACACCGAUGUCAACACACAGAAGAACAGAGAGUAUUGGGACUAUGACGCACACAUGCCAAACUGGAGCAACCAAGACAACUACCAGCUGGUGCGCAAACUGGGCAGAGGGAAGUACAGUGAAGUAUUUGAGGCCAUAAAUGUAACAAACAAUGAGAAAGUUGUGGUGAAAAUCCUCAAGCCCGUCAAGAAGAAGAAGAUCAAACGGGAAAUAAAAAUUCUUGAAAACCUGCGAGGUGGAACCAACAUCAUCCGCCUGAUUGACAACGUCAAAGACCCAGUGUCCAGAACACCAGCACUUGUCUUUGAGUACAUCAAUAACACAGAUUUUAAGGAGCUCUACCAGAAACUGACCGACUGCGAUAUCCGUUACUACAUGUAUGAGCUCCUUAAGGCUCUGGACUACUGUCACAGCAUGGGCAUCAUGCACAGAGACGUGAAGCCCCACAACGUGAUGAUCGACCACCAGCUGAGGAAGCUCCGGCUCAUAGAUUGGGGUUUGGCUGAAUUUUACCAUCCCGCUCAGGAAUACAACGUCAGGGUGGCCUCUCGUUAUUUCAAAGGCCCCGAGCUGCUCGUGGACUAUCAGAUGUAUGAUUAUAGUUUGGACAUGUGGAGUUUAGGCUGCAUGUUGGCCAGCAUGAUUUUCCUCAAGGAGCCAUUUUUCCACGGCCAAGACAACUAUGAUCAGCUGGUCCGCAUCGCUAAGGUCCUCGGCACUGAUGAGCUGUUCAACUAUCUGCACAAGUAUCACAUAGAACUGGACACCCGCUUCAAAGACCUGCUGGGACAACAAACGAGGAAGCGUUGGGAGCAGUUCAUCCAGUCGGAGAACCAGCAUCUGGUGAGUCCAGAGGCUCUGGACCUCCUGGACAAGCUGCUGCGCUACGACCACCAGCAGAGGCUGACGGCGGCCGAGGCCAUGCGACACCCAUACUUCUAUCCAGUGGUGAAGGAACAGGCUAAUGCCAACACAGACGGCACAAAGGCAAUAAGCAGCUCCAAUGCAACAUGAUAACCAGAGAGCAGGAAAUUUUUUUGUUACCUCAACUUGUGACCUUUUCGUGGCAGAAACUUCUGCCUCCACAUCAACAGCCAUACUGGAGCGAGAUGUCAGUUUUUGCAGCACACACACUCUCACACACGCAAUCAUGAUUGGACUAAACUCCCAUCAGAACCCUGGGAAUCUGCGCUGCUUGGUCCGAGUCAAACAGAUCCGUUCAGACAUCAGGUCUGAACCCCCGCACCUGUUUUAACACAAGCUAAGGGACUGUUGUUGGAUCAGUAUCAAGACUUGUGAUUGCUGUAAAGACAUUCGUCCGUCAUUACGGCGACCGGAGAUCCAGUUCCAGGUUUUAGCACUGAGUGACGUGGAGGCGCUUUUCUGCUAUCGAUAGAACAAAAGCUAUAUUGAAAGAGAAUAAACCGUUUUUAUUUAAA